AUGUCUACACCUUCUUCGCGCCGGUCCGCACACAGCGUCACACACUCACCUAUCGACCCACCGAGACUCAAUUCACAAUCACCUCACACGCCCAGCAGUGAACGCAACUUUUCCCCCGCGGAACCGAAGUCAGACCUGCUGCGCAGCGUCCUGGAAGCCCGGAGGGCCAAAGAUGCCCCUCUUACCCCUGGGACGGACCCCAUGCCACUGCGCCGUCCAGCAACUUCUUCGAAUGCCACUCCGACGCCUGCAGCUAGACCACCCAGCGAUCCAUGGCUUGAUGCCGCCGCACUCUCGGACGAUGACGUGCCACUACCACCACGACGGCACAGGCGCCGUCCCAGCGAAGGUGGUGGCCUGGGACAACAUCGUCUCCCGACCCAGCGCGAGCAGCAGGCGGAGCUGGAAACCCUGAAGACGAAACUCUUCAACCUGAAUCUGCAGAGCGAGCUCCUGAAGAAGCAAAACGGGGAGCUCAAGGAUAAACUCGACAUGGCUAACCAGCGUAUCGAGGAACUGGAGCCUUUGGAAGGGGAGAACGCAGACUUGCGCCGGGUGAAUGAGAAGCUGAAGAAGAGGGUGCGGGAUAUGCAGGACAGGAUGCACGAGUUGGAAGCGAGCAAUGAGGAGAUUUUGGAGAUCCAGACAGAGGCCGUGGGUAAUAUGGAGGGGUUGCAGGCGGGCAUUGAGGAAGCUGCCGACACCAUCAUCCGGUUGGAGGAGGAGAAGGAUGCGUUUCAAAGGGAGAUUGCUGCCCUGAAGCAGCAGCUUGAACAUGCGAGGAAGGACGGCGGUGACCGUGGAGCUGUGCCAGCGCGGAUUUAUAGCAUCGACGAGUCUAGUAGCCCUUCGACUGCGCAUUUCGACUCGGAUUACUACAGCCAACCGGAAUCUCCGCAGGUGAAGGGCAAGAACAGCAAGGAGGGCCUCUCGUUCGCGGAUCGCGCAGCUAGACUUAGCGCCGCGAAACUCUUGGACGUCAACGUGAGGAGCAAGCAGUCGAUGCAGAGCAUGAAGAAGCGGCUCUCGGAUGCGUCCUUGAAGAACACGAGGUUGAGUUUGGUCAUCCCAACGGAGGCGGAUAUCCCCGAGUCACCUAUUUCUACCGCUCGACCUGCAACGCCUGUGCCGAAUCGUCGGCAGAGGGUGCCUGAACAGCAGCAGCGCCCGCGGAAUGCAAGCACGGCCUCAAGUAUACGCUCGACGUCCUCGCCACGCACGCCUUCCGUAGGUACGACAGCCGCACCCGACGGACUGAGAGGUAUCUACCGCGAACACCGCGCGACGAAGGCACAGCAGCAUGCGUCUUCCGGCCUGAGGCGAUCGUCGAGCUCGAACAGCUCGACACCGUCUCGCCAUGCCCACCCCUCAUCAAAAUCCCCAUCCCCAUCCAUUCUCUCCGAAACCGCCUCCAUUGCCACGUCUUCAGCACUCUCUAUCCCACCUCCCCCGUCCAUCCUCUCAGAAGAUACCCUCCCCGUCCCCGACAAGGAGAAAUGGUGGCGCGACGUGCGCGGCGUGCGAACCAUUGCACCGCAAACUGGGUCUGGGACUGGGACCAGGCGCAAUAGCCCUACGCCCGCUCAGAUGCAGACGCAGCGACUGCGCAGUUUGCAUGUCGGCGCGAGUCCGGACCAAGGGAGGCACGUCGAGGAGACGAAUUUCCUGUUCAACCCUGCGGAGGACGAAGAGGAGUUUCUGGAGAAGGCGAGGGGGUAUGGUGGAAGGGGAGGUGUGCGUUGA